AGACAUUUUAUGAAGAAAGUUUGAAUCAAAACAAAUCGAGCUGCGGAGCGAGAAGAUCGUAGAAAAAUUCAAGUGAUGGAAAAAUUAAAAUUUCUCAUCAUAUUUAUAACAUUAUACUGUGUUGUGAGUGAAGAUAACAAUGAAAACACCCCAGUAGUAUUUUGGCAUGGAAUGGGUGACUCUUGUUGCUUUCCAUUCAGCCUUGGAAAGUUGAAGAAGCUCAUUGAAAGUGAAUUAAACCACACAGUGUACGUAAAAUCGCUUGAAAUUGGCGGUUCACUUGUUCGCGAUUACGAGUCAUCGUACUUCAUUCAUCCACAAAAACAGAUACAAGAUGCAUGUGAUCAGAUCAAACGCGACCCAAUUUUAUCGAAUCGUACUUUUAAUGCUAUUGGAUUUUCGCAAGGUUCGCAGUUUUUACGCGCAUUAAUACAAAAAUGUCCCGCUGUGAAAGUUAAAAACCUUAUCACUGUCGGAGGUCAACAUCAGGGUGUCUAUGGUUUACCAAACUGUCCAUCACUCACUGAAAAAUCCUGCGAAUAUCUCAGACAAAUUCUUAAUUUCGCUGCUUAUGCUGGAUGGGUUCAAAAUUUUCUAGUGCAAGCAACUUAUUGGCACGAUCCAAUGAACGAAGACGCUUACAAAGCUAAAAGCACUUUUUUAGCGGAAAUCAACAAUGAGAAAACUGUCAAUAAUGAUUACAUUAAUCGUUUACAGACGCUUGAAAAAUUCGUCAUGAUCAAGUUUGCAAAUGACACGAUUGUUCAACCGGUUGAGACGAGUUGGUUUGGCUUUUAUAAACCAGGCUCAAGUAGUGAACUUCAAACAUUAGAAGAAAGUGAAAUUUUCCUCAAAGAUCGUCUGGGAUUAAAGAAAAUGAAAGAAGAUGGAAAAAUAGUUUUCUUAUCAACAGAAGGAAAUCACAUGCAGAUCAAUUUGAAAUGGUUUACUGAAAACGUGAUUAACAACUAUUUGAGAGAUUAAUUUUACAAUAAAAUAUUAUCUCACGUAAUAAUGGAAAUAAAAAUCUUGAGAUUACUUUGAAAGUUAUAAUUUUAACUUCAUAAAAACAA